CAACUCGUGGGCUCGUGGCAAGCAAGAGCCUCGUGCACUGCAGCGACGGCGACGCACGCCACGCACGACUCGAGUGAUCUGAUCGCUCGCUCGCUCGCCGGAUCGGAGGAUGGCCACUUGGUUGCUGCUCUGCUGCCUCAUCGCCUCGUCGUUGGCCGCCGCCGCCGCCGGCGACGGGGGCAACCAGGUGUACAUCGUGUACAUGGGUGCCGUGCCGCAGCGCGCCUCCCCGAACCUCCUCCAGGAGAGCCACCUGCGCCUCGUCAGCACGGUGCUCAAGAGGGGACGGAGGGCGGGCAGCGUGGUGGUGCGGCAGUACAAGCACGGCUUCUCCGGGUUCGCGGCGCGGCUCUCCGAGGUCGAGGCCGCCGCGCUCCGCCGGAAGCCCGGCGUCGUCUCCGUGUUCGCCGACCCCGUGUACCACCUCCACACCACCAGGUCAUGGGACUUCCUCCAGCAGGCGGCCGUCAAGAUCGACGCCGCCGCCCGUCGUCGUGGAGCCCACAAGCCCGCCGCCGCCGCCGCCGACCCCUCGUCGUCGUCCCCGGACACCAUCAUCGGGCUCCUCGACUCCGGCAUCUGGCCGGAGUCGCCCAGCUUCAACGACGCCGGAUUCGGGCCCGUGCCCGGCCGCUGGAAGGGCGUCUGCAUGGCCGGGGACGACUUCAACUCCUCCAACUGCAACAGGAAGCUGAUCGGAGCGAGGUACUACAACGAGAGCGACGUGAGGGGCCCUUCCCAGAGCGGCGGCGGCUCGCCGCGGGACGACGUCGGCCACGGCACGCACACGUCGUCCACGGCGGCGGGGAACGCGGUCGCCGGCGCCUCGUACUACGGCCUCGCCGCCGGGACCGCCAAGGGCGGCUCCGCGUCGUCGAGGGUCGCCAUGUACCGCGUCUGCUCGGAGGAGGGGUGCUCGGGGUCGGCCAUCCUCGCCGGGUUCGACGACGCCGUCGCCGACGGCGUCGACGUGCUCUCCGUCUCCCUCGGCGCGUCCCCUUACUUCCGCCCGGACUUCACGUCGGACCCCAUCGCCAUCGGCUCGUUCCACGCCGUGGCGAAAGGGGUCACCGUCGUGUGCUCCGCCGGCAACUCCGGGCCGGCCGCCGCCACCGUCGUGAACGCGGCGCCGUGGAUCCUCACGGUCGCCGCCACGACCAUCGACCGCGACUUCGAGUCCGACGUCGUGCUGGGUGGGAACAACAGCGCGGUCAGAGGUGGAGCCAUAAACUUCUCGAACUUGGAUAAAUCCCCCAAGUAUCCAUUGAUCGAUGGAGCAGCAGCAAAGGAGAGCUCAGUUUCUGAUGCUGAGUCAGCUAGCCACUGUGAGCCCGGCACGCUGGACAGCGGCAAGGUCCAAGGGAAGAUCGUGCUGUGCAACCACUCGGAGGGCGACACGUCGAAGGUGGUGAAGGCGGACGAGCUGCAGAGCGCCGGGGCGGUGGGGGCCAUCUUCGUUAACGACGCCGAGAGGUCGGUGGCCACCACCUACCUCGACUUCCCGGUGACCGAGGUCACCUCCGCCGCCGCCGCGGCCAUCCACAAGUACAUCGCCUCCGCCAGCCAACCGGUGGCCACGAUCACGCCGACGGCCACCGUGACGGAGUACAAGCCGGCGCCCGUGGUGGCCUACUUCUCGUCGCGGGGCCCGUCGGCGCAGACCGGGAACGUGCUCAAGCCGGACGUCGCGGCUCCGGGGGUCAACAUCCUGGCGUCGUGGAUCCCGACGUCGUCGUCGUCGCUCCCGGCGGGUCAGAAGGCGGCCUCGCAGUUCAAGCUCGUCUCCGGGACGUCCAUGGCGUGCCCCCACGUCGCCGGCGCCGCCGCCACCGUCAAGGCGUGGAACCCCACGUGGAGCCCCGCCGCGAUCCGGUCGGCCAUCAUGACCACAGCAACCCAGCUGAACAACGACCGUGCUCCGAUGACGACGGACUCCGGGUCGCCGGCGACGCCGUACGACUACGGCGCCGGGCAGGUGCACCCGACGGCGGCGCUGGACCCGGGGUUGGUGUACGAGGCCGGGGAAGACGACUACCUCCACUUCCUCUGCAACUACGGCUACGACGCGCCCAAGAUCAAGCUCAUCGCCGCCUCCCUCCCCGACGGGUUCGCCUGCGCGGCCAACGCCAGCGCGGCGCUCAUCUCCGAUCUCAACUACCCGUCGAUUGCCGUGUCGGGGCUCGGCGGCAAGGGUGGCAGCCGGACGGUGACCCGCGCCGUCACCAACGUCGGCGCGCAGGAGGCCGCCACCUACACCGUCGCCGUCAGUGCGCCGGCCGGCCUCAACGUCAAGGUCACCCCGACCAAGCUCGAGUUCACGAAGAGCGCGAAGAAGCUGGCCUUCCAGGUGACCUUCUCCGGCGGGCACGACGCGGCGGCCAAGAAGGGCGCCAUGUCUGGCUCCAUUACAUGGUCUGAUGGAAAGCACUUGGUUCGCAGCCCGUUUGUGGUGACCAGCUGAAACACCAUGGCGCAGCGUGACGUCGACCGGACGCACUCAGCCACUCAAGCCCAAACAAGGCAGUAGGAUCAAGCAAUGCUGUCAUCGAUAUAAAUGAUAUGAUGUUGACAGCAACUAGUAAUAGUGGCAACUAUCAAAGAUUCUGAAACUGGGUCAGUCUCAGACAUGAUACCAUGGUUAAGCAUGUGAAUGAGCAGGGCCGUCCUAUAGUGAAAGCUAAGCCAGCAGUACUUUGUAACACAGAAGCAACUUGCAGAGUACCACAAAUGAACAAUCGAUGUAGACAAUGUUUCAAAA